AUGACAAAGACCACCGUCGAUAUGCCACACCAGGUGGAGGCUCCUGUCCUGGUAGUUGGCGCUGGGCCCAUCGGAAUGAUAACAGCCUUCCAGCUCGCAAAACGGGGUAUUCGAACGGUUCUUGUGGAGCGCAACCUGGAAACUACGAAAUGGCUCAAGAUGGAUAUCACCAAUCCACGAUCAAUGGAGCUGCUCCAACGUCUAGGGCUUGCAGAUGGGCUACGAGAGAAAGGUGUACCAUCGCAGUUCUCGUUUGACUGCAUUUUUAGCACUGGACUAUCUCCUGGGGGACAAGCUCUGGCGAAAUGGGAUCUACCGUCUCCGGAUCAGCAGGCAAAGAGGAUACGGAAUAACUGCGACGGGACGAUGCCGCGCUACCCGUAUCAGAGAUGUUCUCAAUCCAUCUUCGAAUCCUGGCUAAAGACUCUUAUCCAAGAGGAGCCGCUCAUUAAUUCCUACUUCGGGAUGAAAUUUGAAGCGAUGACAGAGUCCACGGAAAAGGCUCUAUCGACUGUGAUCAACAUAGUUACGGGAGCGAAACACGUUAUCGAAAGCCAAUACGUCGUUGGCUGUGAUGGCGCCAGUAGUCGCGUGCGAACCUCCACCGGAAUCAAGCUUACCACAUCUCCGAUCUCCGGACCGACACUUCUAGUUCACCUAAAGUCCAGAGACCUUGAAGUUAUUCACCGCCAAGGUCAAUUUUGGCACCUUUUCCUGUCGAAAGGGAGUGUGGUGAUCACUCAAGACGAGAAAGAUACCUGGACGAUCCACACUCCUAUUCCGCCUGACACGGACCUUGCCGAUAUUGACAUUGAGAAAGCCGUUUAUGCUGCGCUUGGGGACUCGGGUCCUCCACAGCCAAUCACAAUUGACAAAAUACUGCAAUUCCGCUCACCAAAAAAACGCGUCUUUCUAGCGGGUGACUCAGCUCAUCAGAACAUUCCAUUCGGUGGAUAUGGCAUGAAUACUGGACUUGGAGAUGCCUAUGAUAUCGGAUGGAAGCUGGCCAUGUUUCUGAAUGACCAGGGCGGCGAACGGCUACUCGAAUCGUAUGAGACUGAGCGGCGACCAGUCGCCGUGCGUAAUGUUGCGAUGUCAGGUCGACAUGCUCAAGUUCACAUGAAUUAUGCUGGAUGGGUUCGACAGACAAGCGAGGGGGAAGUUCGCAGUAACAGUCCUGAAGGACAGGCACUUCGUGAGCGCAUCCGAUGCCAUGUCUAUGCCAACGACGGGGAGAAUAAGAGUUUGGGAAUUGAGAUGGGGUACAGACUCAGCUCCUCGAUCAUUCUCUUGGAAGAGGACCCAAUAAAAGAGCCGAGGUGUAGCGAGCGGGACUAUGUCGCGACUACAUGGCCUGGCUCUCGAGUGCCGAACAUCAUGCUGAAGGACGGAGUGUCGAUUCACGACCGCCUUGGACCCGAUUUUACUCUGGUAGACUUUACGAUUGAUGGGGCCUACGCAAAGGAGCUCGACAGGGCAACCCCCAAGGUCACAAAGAGGCUGACUAUUGUACAUUUGCCCCAGGAGACCAUGGCUCGGAAGUUGUGGGAGAGAUCUGCUGUUUUGGUACGCCCUGAUAUGCAUGUGGCUUGGCGGAGUGGUGAGACGGAUGUACCUUGGAGCAAGGAAGACACCGAGAGAGUUCUGAAGAGGUGCUUAGGUUACUGA